GCACUGAUUAAAAAGAAGCGGACGAUGAACAUACGUGAAUACGGUUAUCUCGGCUCGUGAGUUUCAUUUGAGGCGGCAGCGUGAGUUGCAUCCCCAGUCAUGGCCGGGCUGUAGCGCGGGACACACAACGCGAGCGUAGUUUCCAGCACCGUCGAAUAAGAAAAAAAAGGACGACAUCAUGGACGAGAACGAGAAACCAAUCUCCACCCUGUCGGCGAGCAUCGGCCGGGCGAGCUACGACGUGAACGCCUCUAACAAACAGAACGGAUUCAGCAGACCCGCGCCACAGAAGUCAGGAUGCAGCAAAUACACGGACGCCCUCAAGGUCCUCCUACCUUGCAGAGUGUCGUCGCGGAAGACCAAAAAUACCAUGCCCGCGAACAGGGCAGGUCUCUUCUCCUUCAUCACCAUCAACUGGCUGACGAGGAUGAUGUGGAAGGCGUUCCGGAAGGGGCUCACCGAGGAGGACUUUUACGACCUGGCUGACGCCGACGACGCCGCGGAGAGCGCCCGUCGCUUGGAGAGCAUCUGGGGGCGGCGCGUGGGCAAGCACGGCGCCGGGACGUCCCUCGGCAGCGCCGUGUGGCGCUUCUGCAGGACGAGGACGCUCAUCUCCAUCGUGCUCAUGGCCGUCUCCAUCGUCCUGCAGUUCGUCGGCCCGGCCUUCCUGCAGAAGCUCAUCCUCGCCUUCAUCGACGACAAAAGCCAGGCGCUGUGGCAGGGCCUGCUGCUCAUCCUGGCGCUGUUCUUCUCCCAGCUGUGCCGCAACUUGUUCUUCGGCAUGGCGUACGUCAUCAACAUGCACACUGGUAGGUUGA